CUCACAUGUUACGUAAUGCGUGACAGAAGGCGCAAGUGAAGUUGUGUUGACAGUAGCGGCAAGGAUAGUCAGCUGAGUGGCCAAGCAAGCGCACCCAGAGCCGAAUGGAGGGAGCACACCGUUUCUAUUAAAGAGAAAGCUUGGCUACCGGAUUUCAACAACAGAAGCAAUGGCAGACGACCAGAACUUACAACCGUGGUCCAUCAACAAGGAUGACUAUGUUCUCAAUGAGGUGAUAGGGAGUGGAGCCACAGCAGUGGUUCAGGCAGCUUACUGUGAACCCAGAAAAGAGAAGGUGGCUAUCAAACGCAUCAACCUGGAGAAGUGUCAGACCAGCAUGGAUGAACUUCUGAAAGAGAUCCAAGCUAUGAGCCAGUGUCACCACCCAAAUAUUGUCUCAUACUACACUUCCUUUGUUGUGAAGGAUGAACUCUGGCUUGUGAUGAAGCUGCUUAGUGGUGGCUCAGUGUUGGACAUCAUCAAGCAUAUCAUCUCCCGUGGGGAGCACAAGACCGGGGUUUUGGAUGAGGCCAGCAUAGCUACCAUCCUGAGAGAAGUUUUGGAGGGGCUGGAGUACCUGCACAAAAACGGGCAGAUUCACAGGGAUCUAAAAGCUGGAAAUAUUCUUCUUGGGGAAGAUGGUUCAGUGCAAAUUGCAGACUUUGGUGUGAGUGCCUUUCUAGCAGCAGGAGGAGACAUGACCAGAAACAAGGUGCGGAAGACGUUUGUUGGAACACCAUGCUGGAUGGCCCCGGAGGUCAUGGAGCAGGUCCGUGGCUAUGAUUUCAAAGCUGACAUCUGGAGUUUUGGAAUAACUGCCAUUGAACUGGCCACGGGUGCUGCACCAUACCACAAAUAUCCACCAAUGAAGGUGCUGAUGCUGACCUUGCAAAAUGAUCCCCCUUGUCUGGAAACUGGGAUCACAGACAAGGAGAUGGUGAAGAAGUAUGGCAAGUCUUUGAGGAAGAUGAUCUCUCUGUGUUUACAGAAGGAUCCAGAAAAAAGGCCAACUGCAGCUGAAUUGUUGAAGCACAAAUUUUUCACAAAAGCCAAGAAUAAUGAGUACCUGCAGGAGAAACUUCUGCAGAAAGGCCCAACAAUAACGGAGCGGUCAAAAAAGGUGCGUCGUGUGCCUGGCUCUAGCGGACGGCUCCACAAGACGGAGGACGGAGAGUGGGAAUGGAGUGACGAUGAGCUGGAUGAAGAAAGCGAGGAGGGGAAGGCUGCUGUGGCAGCCCUGCGGUCACCCAGAGUGAAGGACGGAUCUCACAAUCUGGAGCUGUACCCACCCAUGGAGGGUUCGUUGAGCCGUCUGCAGCCACCUGCUUCAACACAGGAGACUCCUUUGAACGCUGGCCAACCAGGGGUAGACGCCACAUCACAAGCAACCAGUCCGUCUCAUGGGCCGACUGCACAGGACCCAGUUCCACCUGACAUCAGUGUUCCCAUCAGCCUGGUUCUAAGACUGAGGAAUCUCAAGAAGGAACUCAACGACAUUCGAUUUGAGUUCAUGCCAGGCAGAGAUUCUGCUGAUGGAGUGUCUCAGGAGUUGGUCUCAGCAGGUUUAGUUGAUGGGAGGGACUUGGUCAUUGUUGCCGCCAAUUUGCAAAAGAUUGUUGAUGACCCUCAAAACAACAAAAAUGUGACAUUCAAACUGGCGUCUGGCUUGGACGAGUCAGAAAUCCCAGACGAUGUCAAGCUCAUGGGUUUUGCACAGCUCAGCAUCAGUUAAUGCAAGUGAAGCCAACAACAAAGGACAGCAACUGUUGGUAUCGCACAGCUGCAUAGCACCCGAUUCCAAGAUACCACUACUGCCAAAGAGAGGAGCGAGUUUGGCCCAGCAGGAGCAUGACACCCGGUGCAGGGAUGCAGGGGGACCACCUGGAGAGUGGGCCCACUUCAACACAGGAAUCACACUUGAAAAGUUUACAGUGCGCCUAUAGAUGGGAGAUCGUAUGCAAUCAACUACAUCGACUUUUAAUUACUUUUUUUCCCUUUGUCAUACAUAAGCACAAUCCAAACCAACUCCCGCCACUACAGGAAGUGAUUGCCUUCUUUUUUUUUUCCUUUUCUUUUUUUUUUAAUUAACUGUGCCACAGAAGUCACGUGUCGUGCGACCUUUAUUUGGCACUUGAUGUGACUAUGAAUUGGUCAAGUGUAAAUCCAGCCUUAGUGAGCAAUGCUAUAGAUUUUACCGGUGUGUAAAAAAAAAUUAUUUUUUUUAACCUAUCCCCAAAUCAUUCGCUUUUUUUUUCAUUUUCAGAUAUCUAGAGUUCAUUCUAACAAUGACAAAAAUUCAAAGGUCAAAGACAACCUCAUAGACACGCAGUGAUGAUGUUCACGCUGUUAUUUCUGUUAAAUGGACUUUUGAUUAUUUCAAAAAACAAAACACCUCUGCGAAUCAUUGAUGUGCCAGAGUAGCAGCAGUGUUGGUGUGUGGUGUUUUUGUCUCGGAGUAGCUGAAAUAAGGGCACAGCUAAACAUAUCCAUAUGCAGACAGAAAACAGGAGGAAUGGCCUUCUCACAUGACUGCAUGCUACAGCUAUGCUUGUUUGUCAGAUGGCUUUUUCCACAAGUUUCCUACUUAAUUUUCUUGUGCUAUGCAAUAGUUUUGGGGUUUUUUUGUUUGUUUUUUUUCCCCACAGUCUGUGACCGGUGGACUUUUUUUUUUUUUGUAGUGCACAGAUCUGCACAGAUGUUCCUGAAUGGUCAACACAGAAAUUAGGUGUUCAGGGGAUGCCCAAAUGGGUCAAAUGCCUCUUAUCCUUUGCUUACUUGCAUUUUGAAAGUUGCACCUAGAAUAAAGAAGCAAAAUAAAAAAUUUAAAAAAAAGCUUCACCACUAAAAAAUAAUAAUAAUAAAUAAUAGAAGCAAUACUCUGACAGCAAAUCCCCAGAACAGCCAGCAUUUAAGAUGCCUGAACCUCUGCUAGGUUGUGCACGGUGAAAAUUGAAAAUCUUCCACCCGAUGGAAAUAUAGUGGAAAUGUCCUCAGAAGCUCAGAGCAGCUUCUGUUUUUACCACGAGGCAUGUUGAUCCUUACCGUCUAUGUGCUUUAUAAACACUCACCUGCACAUCACUGAUGUCACUCCCAGUGUAGCCGUAAGGUUGUUUUUACCCUGCCCCUCAUCCCCCACCCAAAGGAGCUGUUGUAUUUGGUGCCAUUUGUCUCUGUGUUUGUAUGUUUGUGAGUAACAUCACAGAAAAAUGACUCACUCGAAUGAAAUGCAAAUGACAGAUGUAUAGUAUACCAUUAAAAUUUGGACAACAUUUCGGUCAAGGUCUCAAGAAAAGUGUAAACUUUUUUUUUUUUGCCUUGAUCUAAAAUUGUUCAUUUACUUCAAACCUGGGCCAAAAUGUUCACUUUUUUUAUUUCUAAGAUAAUGCUUUCCGUUGCUUUUUAUUGUUUUGAUGAUCGUUAAGGUCUAAGGUUUGGGGGGGUCAAGGUCAUCAAUAAAAAUUACAUUCCCUGUAUAACUCUCUAAUUAUAAAUGGCAGCCGAUAGCCUCUUAAUUACUAUUAUUGACGGAUAAUAUACAUGUGCUUUCAUUUUGGCGUUGUCACCUUUGGCUUUGAGUGACCUUGAACAGUAAAUCUUAAGGCUGUAGGCUUUCAAAAUGCUACACUGUAGAAAAUAAUCUGGUUUAAAAAAGUAAAGCAACCUAUUACAAGCCCUUUUCUGAGUAAUCUCAAUUAGAGUGUGCAGAACUCAAAAGAUCAAUGAUCACUUCUCCAUAACAUGGGAGCUACCUAAGAGCCACAGUAAAGACAGACAAAUCCGAUGUGUGUGACACACAUUCAUUGCAUUUGUCUCUUUACUGUGGCUCUUGCUUACUUUUUUAAGUCAAUGAAGUGAAUUCAGGGGGCAGCCAGGACGUGAACAUAGGUCUCCUGCACCACGGGCGACUAUGUUAACCAGUCGACUAAAGUGUCGGACCCGUUGGGCAACUGGCAAGGGAGUCUACUCAUUCAUGGUCGUUACAAUACCCCCCUCCUUCAGGAAACGCGUCCCCACGCUUCAGCAUAUCAGCUCCCUCACACCUCUGGGCCCAUGCGCUUCCGAUGGCCUCACGGUCUCACCAUCCCACUUCUGACACCAAUGUAGUGAAUUCGGGGGGCAGCCGGGAACAGCCACAGCUGGGACGCGAAUCCGGGUCGCUCGCACCACGGGCAAUAUUGGGCUAUACAAAUAAAAUUGACUUAAAUUAAACCAGCAGAUUAUUUUUUUACAGUGUGUAACUCACAAACUGCUACUGAUCAGAAUCAGAAUACUUUAUUUAUCCCCGAGGGGAAAUGGAGUUCUAUUACAGACACUCACGCUCUAAUAACUAAAAACUAACAAGAUGCAAGAUAAGAAAAUAGAAACCAUUUUAUAGCCAUUUAAUUUCUCUUAUUGACAGGUAGGAAAAUCCACACAUGACAGUAUGAACUGUGACCUUGAAGGUGCAAAUUCAAGAUUAUGGGUUUUCAAAAAGGACUGUAGCUCAUAAACUUCUGCAGAUAGCCAUGUCACUAUUACUGGCACAUGGGAGGUUCCACUCACUCCUCCACCCGGCACCAUGACCUUUCAAUUAGAGUGACCUGUGGUGUGCAGGCUUUGUCAUGCCUGGCACCAAUCGUUCUUUUUUUUGUUUUUUUUGUGUGCAAAGGCUGUGCAUUAGCUUAUAGUUCAGGGUACUAUUGUAAAUGGUGUAUUUAAAGAUAUUGUAUUUCAUAAUGUACGUAUGAUGGCAACCCCAUGCACUGUCACUCAAACACCAUUUGUAUGUUUGUAUGUGAAUACAUAGAUGCAUCGUCUUUUGUUGAAUACAUUUCAAAUAUGAAAGCAACAUUUUAGUUGUACAUAAUGAUUAAGGCAACCAGCUGGUAAACUUGAUCACUAACUCAUCCGGUGCAGUAGCAAGUAAUGAAUUUAAUCUCUCCUUCACUGCGUUUUCCACUAUUGGCCUUUUGUAUGUAAAAACGUCACUAAAUGUGCACAGAUUAUUAAUUUGAUCGGCACCUUAAUGAUAAUGCAAACUAGCUUGUUUGGCUAUAAUGGAGAGCUUGUAGUCACACUGCUAUGGUGUUACACAAUAUGCAGUUUUUCUCUCUGAAGCCGAUCCGAUGCAUAUUCCUGAUGACAGUGGAUGCGAAAAUAAUAAGCAUUGUGGUGUUCUCGAACAAAUAACACGAAAAUGACCCCAGUGACACGAAAAUGACACUGUUUUUUGUGUGUGUGCGGUGGUGAGGUAAUGAUCAACAGACUUUUGAGCUUUUAGUUGUCUAGCUUUGCUAAAUAUCUUCCUCUUUAUGGUUUAUUAAUCAGAAAAGCCGCCGGUUUAUCUCAAGGUGAGGCCUUUGAAUCAUUAGUAUUAAUUUCACCAGUUGAUUGGCAAAGUAUUUGUUUUCAACUUUUAUUUUUUACAAAUCAUUACAUUGAUUUUUUUUGUUUUGUUUUUUUUUUGUUUUCAUGAUGUUUUGUCAUAUGUGGAAAUCAUUUCGAAUAAGUUGUUUGAACAGGAAAAUUUGUGAUUACGUUGUAGAACUUGAUGUCAGACACGAAGAUCCCUCAAAUGAUGCUUCUGUUGGAAACUAUCGACACAGAACAAAACAGUGAUUUUUAGUAGCUGAAUAAAGACAC